UUCCUGUCAAAUAAGAAAACAAACGGCAAUUUUGGGUUCAUUGUUUUGUUUUCAAGUAAAUUAAACGCAUGUAUCGUGGAAUAUUAUAUACAGGACCAUGAAUUACAGUUACUGAUUAUCAUCCCAGAAGAAAAAAUGUUCACAGCUCGCUUACGGCAUUUGUGUCCAAGCGCUAAAAUUAUUGUCCGUAACCUUCGAAACAGAAAGAGGUUAGACUCGUUCGGACCAAAUCCAGGUCUGGACAAGAGAAUUGCGGCAUUCAAACGAGACGGCUUCAAAGUUGACGACGAAGAUGCUGAAGAGUAUGUCGAACAAUCGGAGAGUGAUUUUUAUAAAGUUGGUGAGGUUUACAACGAACAUUUGAAUGAAACAUUAAUGGGUAAAUAUGAACAACGUCAUCAAAUAAUUAAAGAGAAGUACUUUAAACAAAAUAUGCCUAAUUUAUUGACUUGGAGCGAAAAAGAACAAAUAAGACAUUUGGCCACAACGCAACCAGACGAGUGGACUCCAGAAAAGUUAGCUGAAAGUUUUCCUGUUACAGUACCUGUAGUGAAAAAAUUACUCAAACAUGUUUGGAAGCCAGCUACAGAACAGCGCAUAGCUCGGCAUGACCAAUCAGUGAUGAGGAAUUGGAAAGAACUGAAAGAGGGAACCUUGAGCAUCUCUGAAGAUGUAAGAGCACAUUUCCUUAAAUUCUCUGAAAGAACUAUUCCUCCUCUUAAUAGGAACUCAGUAAAGAAAAUAGAUGUUACACCAGAAGAAAAAAUAGGAGAAUUUGAAAAUAUCAUUAGAAGAUGUGCUGCUAAUGAAAAUUCAGACCAAAAAACUUUUAAACAAGACUAUAAUGCAACUAAAGAAAAUGAAGGUGAAAAAAUGGAAAAAGCCCCAAGGGAUUACAAAAGAGUCACACUUGAAGAACUAGCACAGAAAAUUCAGACUCGCUUACAAACUGGUCAAAAUGUUAAUGUUCCCGAUCAAAUAAUAGUAAACACGAUUAAUGACAAUGCUGUAUUGGAAUCAAAAUCAGUUAAUAUUAAUAAAAGUAUUGAAAUAUUUGAUAACGACAAUAAAAACAAUUUAGUUCAGUAUCAACCAAAAAAUGAUUCAAAAGAUGUAAUGGAUUAUCCAGAAAGAAUUCGAAUACCAAAAAAAGCUUACAAAAAAAAUGCUACAUAUAAAGUUAAUGAUUGCUAUUAUGAUCACGAUGGAAGAUUUCUGUAUAGAGUACUAGGAAUGACUAGGUAAAAAUAAAUUAAAAGAUUAAAUAAAACAAUUUUGAA